GCUUCUCCUAGCAACUCGACGGGCGUUGAGCAGAGACGCUGGCCUGAUGGACGCCGACAGCCUCCUGCUGUCUCUGGAGCUGGCGUCCGGCAGUGGGCAGGGCCUCAGCCCGGACCGUCGGGCCUCGCUGCUCACGUCUCUUAUGCUGGUUAAGCGCGACUACCGCUACGAUCGGGUUCUCUUCUGGGGCCGCAUCCUUGGCCUCGUCGCCGAUUACUACAUCGCGCAGGGCCUGAGUGAGGACCAGCUCGCACCGCGCAAGACGCUCUACAGCCUGAACUGCACAGAGUGGAGCCUCUUGCCCCCUGCCACAGAGGAGAUGGUGGCACAGUCGUCUGUGGUGAAGGGCCGCUUCAUGGGGGACCCAUCAUACGAAUAUGAACACACUGAGCUGCAGAAGGUGAAUGAAGGUGAAAAGGUCUUUGAAGAAGAAAUAGUGAUUGACAAGGCUGUGGCCAUCAUCCCCCGAGGCGCCCUCUUCAAGACACCUUUUGGACCCACCCAUGUCAAUCGGACCUUUGAAGGACUGUCCUUGUCUGAGGCCAAGAAGCUCAGCUCCUACUUCCAUUUCAGGGAGCCUGUUGAGCUAAAGAAUAAGACCUUGCUUGAGAAGGCUGACCUGGACCCCUCCCUGGAUUUCAUGGACUCCUUGGAGCAUGACAUUCCCAAAGGGUCUGAGGCAGUUGUUCAGGGUGACUUCAUGUGGCUUCUGAGCAGGUGUGGUUUAGGUUGGCCCUGUUCCUGGGACCCCUGCUCUGUGUCCAUGAGGGUCCUGGAGUAUCCAGAUGGAGAGGGGCAAUGCCCUGGUGGUGCUGCGCAGCCUGCUCUGGCCAGGCCUCACCUUCUACCAUGCUCCCCGCACCAAGCACUAUGGCUACAUCUACGUGGGCACUGGUGAGAAGAACAUGGACUUGCCUUUCAUGCUAUAGAAUGGAAGCCAGCCUGGAUUUUUAAAAACAGUCUAAACAUGAUUUUCUUAAGCUUCA